AUUGUUGUGAUAAGCGACAAGGCCGUGUUAAAAGAACUUUGCACAGCAGAAUGAGUACAAGCACCUUGAGACAGUUUCUAGCCAAGAGACUGCUACCCGUGACGGCAAGUGGCAAUAGCAGAUCCAUGUCCAGUUCAGCAGCUGCCAAGCCCGUGCUGUACGCGAUGUACGCCAGCUCUUGCUCUUGGCGAGUGCGUAUUGCCCUAAAUCUAAAACAAAUACCGUAUGAUAUUCAAUCAAUCAGUCUGCUCAAGCCCGUACCGGAUACUGUGUUUAGCAAUACGGAUGAAUAUCGCAAGGUGAAUCCCAUGCAACAAGUGCCAGCACUUCAUAUCGAUGGACACACGCUAUGUGACUCGGUGGCUAUUAUGCAUUAUUUAGAUGAAACGCGUCCAUCAAAUCCAUUGUUGCCACACGACGCGCUGCAGCGGGCCAAAGUGCGCGAGAUUGUGCAAAUAAUUUGCUCAGGCAUUCAGCCGCUGCAGAAUGCGGCUGUGCUGACCCAAAUAGGCAAGGAGAAAUAUUUGCCUUGGGCACAGCAGUGGAUAUCUAGGGGAUUUCGUGGCUUGGAGCAAGUGUUAGCCAGCUCGGCUGGCAAGUAUUCUGUGGGCGAUGCAUUUACCAUGGCGGACUGUUGUUUGGUGCCACAGGUCUUCAACGCACGAAGAUACGAAGUGGAUCUGGAGCCUUAUCCCAAUAUUGUGCGCCUAGAGCGAGAGCUUAGUGCCGUUCCCGCCAUAAGUGCAGGUCACCCGCUUAGGCAGCCUGACUGCCCACCCGAAUUGGCCAGCAAAUAGUUAUAGAUUAGCAUUGAUUUUGUAAUAUAAUCUUUAUUUGAUUUUCUGUUUUUCGUUUUUUUUUAUUGUAAUUUUCAUAUAAUCUUUCUUAAAUGUGUAA